AUGCUAUCAAGAGCAGUGUUUUCCUCCGCCAAUCGUCGCGUAUGGAAGAUCGCCAACGUGGAUGCUCUCCGCCACUUGUCCACGUCUGGUCCACCUCCAUCUGUUCCACCAAAGUCUCCUUAUAACAUUGAACCGGAUACCGCUGACAAGUCGAAAGAAGAGAUGCGUCUGCACUACAGAUCAAACGAAGAAUCGGAAUUUAAGCUUGGAAAGCAUCGUUCGAAUGCACUGGAGCUCGUUGAGAAAUUCCCAAUUAUUGAAGUAGAGGGAGAAAUGGCAAUUUGUGACGGUGGAGGUGGUGCCCUUGGUCACCCUCUCGAAUAUAUCAGUUUGGAACGUCCCGGAGUAGUUGAGCGUUGCAAAUACUGUGGACUACGUUAUGCGUCGAAAAAGUGGCACAAAGCGUAA